AUGGCUGUGGAGAACGUCCUUCUUCUGCUUGCCGUCCUGGCAUCAGCACCAUCUGCAACCAAGGGACAAAAUUCCGCCCGCUUCAUGAUGUCGCUGGGCGUGGUGCCAGUGGAGUCAGUGAGCGUAUGUCCGGACGGAUAUAGCUACAAUGCCGGUCUGUGCUACCGAUGGACCGACACGCUGGCUGAUACUGCAGACGCCCAUGCCGACUGUGCGGCUGACGGGGCGACCCUCGCCUUUCCCCGGAGUGCAGACGAGCACGCUUACCUGGUCAGCCUGGUCUCAGAGACCGUUUUAAUCGGCAUAACGGACGUUCUCAAUGAAGGCACGUGGAAGUACGCGGACGGCACUCCGAUAGGAGCAUUCAACAAGUUUCUUCCCGAGGCCGAUCAUCCCAACACCGACCCGACAGACUGUGUAGUCAUGUCUAAAGACGACGGUUACAUGUGGAAACCCAGCUCCUGCUCCCAACAGUACGGAUAUGUCUGCCAAAAGGACGCUGACAUGACACAGGUUCCUCAAAUAGUGUGUCCAGCUGGUUACAUUGGAAUUGAUGGCACAAAGUGCUACAGGGUUGUGACCACGGUGGAUAGCGCCAUCACAGCGUUAGCAGAAUGCCAUGCCGAGGGCGCAGACGCAGUCCUGCCUACGUCAGACCUGGAGCACUAUUACGUCAAGUCCCUCACCCAGGGAACCCACUGGAUAGGUGUAACCGAUGCCGCUCCCUAUUCCACGGAGGGUAACUGGGUCUAUAUCACUACCGGUACUCCAGCACUGGGGUCUUUUAACAGGUGGGGCUCCAUUGCAAACGACGCUAAUCUCAACUGUGUAACAAUGGACUCUUCUGAGGCCUUCCAAUGGGCGCCAACCGACUGUUUAGAGGACCAUUUUUGUGUGUGCCAGAAAGAUCCGCCCGACCAAUGUCCGCCCCUGGUAGCCCCAGAGAACGGCGCGGUCAGCGGGUCCAGUUUGCCGGGAGGCCUGGCGACAUUUUCGUGCGAUGUUGGAUACAACAUGAACGGUGCUGCUACAACCACCUGCCAGGCUGACUUAACCUGGAGCAACACCAACACGCCAACCUGUGACUCUCAAAUUCCUCCGACCGUAUGUCCGGACGGAUAUAGCUACAAUGCGGGUCUGUGCUACCGAUGGACCGACACCCUGACGUAUGCCAUGGAUGCGCACGGCGCCUGUGCGGCUGACGGGGCGACCCUCGCCUUUCCCCGCAGCGCAGACGAGCACGCUUACCUGGUCAGCCUGGUCUCAGAGACCGUUUUAAUCGGCAUAACGGACGUUCUCCACGAAGGCACGUGGAAGUACGCGGACGGCACUCCGAUUGGAGCCUUCAGCAAGUUUCUUCCCGAUGCCGAUCAUCCCAAUACAGCCACGGUAGACUGUGUGGUCAUGUCUAAAGACGACGGUUACAUGUGGAAACCCAGCUCCUGCUCCCAACAAUACGGAUAUGUCUGCCAAACUGAUGCUGACAUGAGUCUAGUUCCUGAGAUAGAGUGUCCUGCUGGUUAUAUUGGUGUCAUUGGUACAAAGUGCUACAAGGUUGUGACCACGGUGGAUAGCGCCAUCACAGCGUUAGGAGAAUGUCACAAUGAGGGCGCAGACGCAGUCCUGCCUACGUCAGACCUGGAGCACUAUUACAUCAAGUCCCUCACCCAGGGAACCCACUGGAUAGGUGUAACCGAUGCCGCUCCCUAUUCCACGGAGGGUAACUGGGUCUACCUUACUACUGGCACCCCAGCAUUGGGGUCUUUUAACAGAUGGGGCUCCACUGCAAACACCGAGGAGUUAGACUGUGUGACAAUGGACUCCACCGAGGCCUUCCAGUGGACACCCACCAACUGUUUAGACGACCAUUCUUGUGUGUGCCAGAAAGAUCCACCCGACCAAUGCCCGGCACUGCUGGCCCCAGAGAACGGCGCGGUCAGCGGGUCCAGUUUGCCGGGAGGCCUGGCGACAUUUUCGUGCGAUGUUGGAUACAACAUGAACGGGGCUGCUACAACCACCUGCCAGGCUGACUUAACCUGGAGCAACACCAACACACCGACUUGCCACAUUGCCCAGUGCCCACCCCUGUCGGCUCCACUAAACGGCGCCCUCAGCCCGGUCUCCAGCCCGUACGUGUACCAGGACGAAGUAGAGUUCUCGUGUGACACCGGGUAUAACCUUGUCGGCCUUUCCACCAUCACCUGUCAGGCUACCGGCUACUGGAGCGGAGCGAUUCCUACCUGCAACAUUGUGCAAUGUCCGCUGGUAACGGUCACACUCCCCGUCAUCCUGAGUUCUGGCUCACCUCCAUACUCUUACCAAGACGUCGUCGCCUUCUCCUGUGCGGAGGGAUACGACAUGGACGGUGCUGCUAGUGUGACUUGCCAGGCUAGUGGCACAUGGAGCGACUUCGUCCCAACCUGCAACGACAUAGACGCCUGUCUGGCUAACCCGUGCGACGCCCAGGCCACCUGUACAGAUAAUCCCGCUCCUGCCCUUGAUGCAACUUGUGCAUGUAACGCUGGGUACGAAGGAGACGGACUGGGCAGUGGCGGAACUGGAUGUACAGACAUAGACGCCUGUCUGGCUAACCCGUGCGACGCCCAGGCCACCUGUACAGAUAAUCCCGCUCCUGCCCUUGAUGCAACUUGUGCAUGUAACGCUGGGUACGAAGGAGACGGACUGGCUAGUGGUGGAACUGGAUGUUCAGACAUAGACGCCUGUCUGGCUAACCCGUGCGACGCCCAGGCCACCUGUACAGAUAAUCCCGCUCCUGCCCUUGAUGCAAUUUGUGCAUGUAACGCUGGGUACGAAGGAGACGGACUGGCUAGUGGUGGAACUGGAUGCACAGACAUAGAUGCCUGCCUGGCUAACCCGUGCGACGCCCAGGCCACCUGUACAGAUAAUCCCGCUCCUGCCCUUGAUGCAACUUGUGCAUGUAACGCUGGGUACGAAGGAGACGGACUGGCUAGUGGCGGAACUGGAUGUUCAGACAUAGACGCCUGUCUGGCUAACCCGUGCGACACCCAGGCCUCCUGUACAGAUAAUCCCGCUCCUGCCCUUGAUGCAACUUGUGCAUGUAACGCUGGGUACGAAGGAGACGGACUGGCUAGUGGUGGAACUGGAUGUUCAGACAUAGACGCCUGUCUGGCUAACCCGUGCGACGCCCAGGCCACCUGUACAGAUAAUCCCGCUCCUGCCCUUGAUGCAACUUGUGCAUGUAACGCUGGGUACGAAGGAGACGGACUGGCUAGUGGUGGAACUGGAUGUUCAGACAUAGACGCCUGUCUGGCUAACCCGUGCGACGCCCAGGCCACUUGUACAGAUAAUCCUGCUCCUGCCCUUGAUGCAACUUGUGCAUGUAACGCUGGGUACGAAGGAGACGGACUGGCUAGUGGCGGAACUGGAUGUACAUUGGUGAGUCCGGAUCCAUGUGUUCCGAACCCCUGCCGGUAUGGAGGCACCUGUAGAGAGCUCACCCCAUCCGGGUACACGUGUCAGUGCAGGAGCGGCUACACGGGAAACAACUGUCAAAUCGGUUGCAAGUUGAAGCAUCCAAACUUCCCAGUGGACCAAUUUGCAAUCUACGACAACCGUUGUUACUGGUUCUCAAGGUACAGUGAUAAAGCCAAGUACACAAGCGCCGCGUCAUUUUGCAGCAGUCGCGGAGGGAGGCUCCCCACAGUUAAGAGUGCUACCAAGCAAAGCCAACUUGAGGGCGGCAUCGCCAAGUUUGGAAGGAACAGGAACUACUGGAUUGGCCUGGAUGACCGGCGCAGGGAGAAAGUCUUCAAGUGGAGUGACGGGACAACUUUAGGUUCCUACACCAACUGGCGAAAAGUCCCAAGUCGUCACAAGUACCGGGACUGCGUUGUCAUUUCUAAAGUUAGUUCCAGAGCCUGGAAUUUGAUCAAUUGCAAGCAGAUUGGACAGCCUUUUAUCUGUCAAAUGGAUACGCUCCUCGUCUGAAUGACUGCGUUCGACAGUGGCCAUUGCUGUUGAAGACUCGACAGAUGGGCAGUGAUCAACUUCCGAAUAAGACAACUGAUGUAACGAAAGCAACUACCGUCAUAGCCUGCUUUAUAUCAGACCUAUUUUAGCUC